AAAGGUGCUUUGCUCAAAGUUCUUGCAGGUCUUAAAGGAAUCGAAAACAUCAGCUGCCGGCUGUCAAUCAAACGUGCUUUGGCAGAAGGUCAACAGGCGGAAGGACGAGCGAGUGUCCCAACAUUUGACAACAUUCAAGCUCAACAUGAAGCCUCGACAUGCUGCCGCCGCCGCUGCUGCUGUGUUUCUGUUCUCGCUGCUCUGGCCUGCAUGCUGGUGCAGGAACGAGGAGGAGCGCCUCAUCAACUUCCUGUUCAAGGAGCGCGCCUACAACAAGGAGCUGCGUCCCGUGCAGAGACAACAGGACGCCGUGGACGUGUACCUCGCUCUCACGCUCUCCAAUCUCAUCUCCUUGAAAGAAGUGGACGAGACGCUGCUCACCAACGUUUGGAUCGAGCACACAUGGACGGACUACCGGCUGACGUGGAACACGACCGAGUUUGACGGCAUUGACAUGCUCCGCCUCCCGUCCAGCAUGGUGUGGCUGCCAGAGAUUGUGCUGGAAAACAACAACGAUGCCCAGUUCCAGGUGGCCUACUACAGCAACGUGCUGGUGAACAACGAGGGCUUGUGCUACUGGUUGCCUCCCGCCAUCUUCCGCUCCUCCUGCUCCAUCAACGUCAACUACUUCCCCUUUGACUGGCAGAACUGCACGCUCAAAUUCACCUCGCUCACUUACAACGCCAAGGAGAUCAGGAUGCUCUUGAAGGAGGAGAGCGACGAUGAAAGCAAGUGGACGGUGGAGUGGAUCAUCAUAGACCCGGCCGGUUGGACAGAGAACGGCGAGUGGGAGGUGAUCCACCGUCCGGCCAAGAGGAACACCUACAGACACAUUCCCAUGGAGAGCAACAAGCACCAGGACAUCACCUUCUACCUGAUCAUCAAGCGCAAACCUCUCUUCUACAUCGUCAACAUCAUCAUCCCCUGCGUGCUCAUCUCCUUUCUCGCCUCGCUUGUCUACUACCUGCCUGCUGACAGUGGCGAGAAGAUGACCUUGUCCAUCUCAGUGCUGCUCGCUCAGUCUGUCUUCCUGCUGCUGAUCUCUCAAAGGCUGCCAGAAACGUCCAUGUCUGUUCCACUUAUUGUCAAGUACCUGAUGUUUAUCAUGGUGCUGGUGACGGUGGUUGUGUUGAACUGCGUAGUGGUCCUCAACCUGCACUUUAGGACCCCGAGUACUCAUGUCAUGUCUGAGUGGACCAAGAGGUUCUUCCUUGAGCGUCUGCCUCGCAUCCUGCGUAUGUCCCGCCCAUCAGAGACGGAGCCAUACUGGGAUGGAGCGUUGCCAAGGCGGUCCAGCUCGGCGGGCUACAUCGCCUCAGCGGAGGAGUACUACAGCGUCAAGUCCCGCAGUGACCUCAUGUUUGAGAGGCAGUCGGUGAGACACGGCCUCACCGCCCGACCCACGCAUGCCGCAGUGAAAAAGCUGCAGGAGGAGGGCGGCGUCACAGAGCAGCUCUACGGGGAAAUCAAGCCGGCGGUGGACGGAGCCAACUACAUCAUCAAGCACAUGCGCAACAAGAACGACUACAACGAGGAGAAAGACAACUGGAGUGGCAUCGCUCGCACGGUGGACCGACUCUGUCUCUUCCUGGUUACCCCGGUGAUGACCCUUGGCACCAUCAUCAUCUUCCUCAUGGGCCUCUACAAUCACCCUCCACCUUUGCCCUUUGCUGGAGACUCCUACAACUACAGGGAGGAAAACCCACGUCUGAUGUGACACACAUGCACACACUCACAUUCUAUUUUUGUUCGACUUUUGUGCUGUUUUUUUUUCCUGUAACUUGAGCUGACUAAGUCAUUGAAUGGGCCUAACAGCGACAAAAAACGGUGAUUGUAAAUGCUGUCAUGAUAGCCGCCGCGGUUAUUUACCGAACCGGCAAAGAGAACAGGGCCUUGAUUGGGCCGUUGGCAGGUGUUAAUUGGCAGCGACUCUCGACCUAUUUUCAGAGGGAAAAAAAUAAUAAUUUUUUGACCAAAAAUCUGCGAAUUUGGAUGCGAAUGGUGUACUUUCACUGUGCACACAAAUGUAAUGAACGUGUGAGUUCCAAAGUGAAAAUAACAAUGUAACAAACGCUCAUAAAUUGAUUUAUUUUGCCCAACAACACAUUGCAAUAAUCAGCAUUGUAUACGGGGCAUGAAAAAGCUGCAAGAAGAUUUUGUUCACGGGUUUGAAUGUUUUACUUAGUCAUCUUUAUCGGUGUCUGCCUUCGGCUCCAUGUUGACAUUGUGGUUGCUCUUCGUGUUGUCCUCCUGUUCUUUGUCCUUCGCUUUGUUCAUGCAUUGCACUGGGAAGGGGAACACAGGCUAGUUAUUAUCAGAAUCACUGCUCCUUUUACGCGACUUGGCACGGACUCACCUUUACAUAACAGGUACCCUGUGAGGAAGUACAGUAGACUCACGAAGAAUGUCAGCGUGCUGAAGUAAACCCACCAUGGUGUGUCAUCAUCUGAUGGAGGAAAAUGUGAUCUUAUAAAGCUUUUAUUGACACUCCAUCCAAAAUAUCGAUUUUCCAUCAGGCUCCAACAUACACAAACAGGUUUUGGCACUUUUUUUUUUUGUUUGUUUUUUUAACAAAGAGGAAGAAUAACAAUAUGCUUUCCAGCUGCAUUUUGAACUGACAAGUUCCACAAAGCUGUCAUGCAUAUUGUCUGGAAAAUAUGGUUUUGUUGUUGCACUUGUAAAAUGUUUUGUGUCCAUUAUUCAAUUAGAUUUGACUCAUAUUAGUUAUAAUAAUAUACAUGAUUAUCUGCUCAAGGCGAGAGGCCUCCUGUCUCUGAAACAAGUCCUCCACAUGCUUAUCACCUGAUUCAAACGGCCUGUGGUGUCGAGGCAUGAUUUAAAUCGGCUAAAUUCAACGCUUUGUAAACCCAAGCCCUUCCCCAGUGGAUUCAUUUUUCAGAGAUGGGCUUAUUUAUCUUGGCUGCCGACACCCACUAGCUAAUGUCAGCAUUGGCUGACGCCACACAUUGCAUUGCUAUUAACGAGGGGUGGCACCAGAUCACACGAGAUUAAAGCAUGAAAAAGAAAUUCCCACUCAGAAAAAAAAAUGUCUCGUUGGCAGUACUGUAUGUCUGGGACGAUAAUUCCAUGAAUUAAUCACACAAUAAAUGAAAAUGAAAUGGAUAACUUUGCCGGCCGCUUUGUCUCUCGUCUCCAAACAGGCAGGAAGAGUUUUUCUUUAUUUUUCUGUAAUUAAAGCGUUAAAGUCCCGGCCUGGUUAGUCAAUGAAUGAAUCAAUCAAUCAGGUGUUGACUAGAUCCCAAGAUAUUUUGGACAAUUGUAUGCUUCCAACUUUGUGAGGAAGACCUUUUUCCUUUCCAAGUGCUCAAAGCAAACUCCUUUAAGGUAUGCUUGGAUGAUUUUGCUGUAGAAGAACAGCAAAGCGAGUAACACUGAAGAGUGGAAGCUGUUUUUAAUGAUCAGUUUUCCACUUCGAGCAGCCCCAAUAGUGUUGUCCACAUCAAUCACUGCGGUCAUUGUAAGGGACAAGUGAUGAUGAUGUCUUUACCUGAGAUAACGAUGACGUCCGUCUGCGUGAAGUACGUUACGUCAGGUGUCCGCACCUCGCAGGUGUACGUGCCCUGAUGCAGCAGCUCCACGCUGGGCAGCUUCAGAUGGCGCCACGCCGAGCGGCUGUCCAUCACGCGUAUCUUCCAGUCGUCGGAGAGCGCCAGAUGGCUCUGUAGGCCGCUGACGUUCAUGGAGAGGAUGUGCUCGGAGUG